AGCAGCAGCCAAGAACAGGUUUGAGCAAACAGAGCUGGCAAGAUCUUUCAGAGGCUGCACACAUGGAACUGAGGGAGUCUCUCGAUGCUAACAGAGAAGAUGGCUAUAGUAACUCUGCUUAUCAGGAGACAGAGCACAUCACCAUUGAAGUUGAUACACUUGACAACAAACUCGACGAAGAGACUGAUGAGACUGAGACUGUCAAUAAAGGGUUCCUGGAGACCAAGUACGAUGAAGGUUGUGCGUUUUAUAGGAAACAUGAAACCGUGAUUCGCUACGUGAUCAUUGGCCUUUUAUCAGCAGGUUUUCUUGCUAUGGUCAUCGCAGCUUGCGUCCUGAAUUUUAAACGAGCCCUCCCUCUUUUCCUGUUUUUGGUGGCUGUCAUUCUAUUUGUGUCCUGGGAUUAUCUGAUGCCCAGAUAUGAAGAGAAAAUUGCUGGGCUCUUCUCUCGGGGCCAUGGAUUCUUGAACAAGCAGUGGUUCUGGCUGAAGUGGGUUCUGUGGAGCUCCCUGAUAAUAGGGGUCAUUUUCUGGCUCAUCUUUGAUACAGCUAAACUGGGGAAGCAGAACCUGGUAUCCUUUGGUGGGCUCAUAGUGUUCAUUGUUCUGAUGCUUAUAUUUUCCAAAUACCCAACCAAAGUGGUGUGGAGACCCAUCAUUUGGGGAAUAGCAUUACAGUUCUUUCUCGGUCUCCUUAUUCUAAGAACGAAAAUCGGCUUUGAGGCUUUUAACUGGUUGGGUUCCCAAGUACAGACGUUCCUGGGAUACACCGAUGCCGGGGCUGAAUUUGUCUUCGGGAAGAACUACAUGGAUCACUUUUUUGCUUUUAAGGUCUUGCCAAUAGUGGUUUUCUUCAGCACCGUGAUGUCUAUGCUUUACUACAUUGGAGUGAUGCAGUGGAUCAUUAAAAAGGUUGGUUGGGUCAUGCAAGUCACCAUGGGAUCAUCUCCUAUUGAAUCCGUAGUCGCUGCAGGCAAUAUAUUUGUGGGACAGACAGAGUCUCCGCUCCUGGUCCGACCUUAUUUAAGUUAUCUCACCAACUCCGAACUCCAUGCCAUCAUGACUGCGGGAUUUGCAACCAUCGCCGGAAGUGUCUUGGGGGCUUAUAUUUCUUUUGGGGUUCCAGCCUCACAUUUGUUAACUGCUUCAGUAAUGUCUGCCCCUGCAUCGCUGGCAAUUGCUAAGUUGUUUUGGCCUGAGACCAAGAAGCCUAAAAUAAUCUUCAAGGAUUCCAUGAAGAUAGAGAAAGGGGACGCGAUCAACCUCCUGGAAGCAGCCAGUCAGGGCGCCUCCUCUUCUAUCUCCCUGGUGGCGAACAUCACAGUAAACCUGAUUGCAUUCCUGUCCCUGUUGGCUUUCGUAGACUCUGCACUCUCCUGGCUGGGGAACAUGUACAACUAUCCCCAGCUGAGUUUUAAGAUAAUCUGUUCCUAUGUCUUCAUGCCCUUAUCCUUUUUGAUGGGGAUUGACUGGCAAGACAGUUUCAUGGUUGGUGAGCUCCUCGGCUACAAGACUUUCUUCAAUGAAUUUGUAGCUUAUGAACAUCUGUCCAAAUUGAUCAAGUUACGAAAGCAGGCCGGACCAAAGUUUAUUGACGGUGUACAGCAAUAUAUGUCUGUCCGCUCCGAAAUCAUCGCCACCUAUGCCCUCUGUGGCUUUGCCAAUUUCGGUUCUCUGGGGAUUGUGAUCGGAGGACUGUCUUCCAUGGCACCUACCAGAAAGCACGACAUCUCCAAAGGUGCCAUUAGAGCCCUGAUUGCUGGCACUGUCGCCUGCUUCAUGACGGCCUGCAUCGCUGGCAUGCUUUCCGGCACCUCUUUGGAUGUCGAGUGCCAUGGCUUACUAGAAAAUGCAUUCAACUCGAGCUUACCCAGCUUCACACCGGAAAUAGAAACCUGUUGCCAAGACCUAUUCCGCAGCACUCUUGUCAACAGCUCCAGUGAAAUCAUUCCCGGAGGAAACCAUACCCUCAGGUCUUUGAGGGGUUGCUGCCAGUUGCUGAAACUCCCUAUGUUUAACUGCAGUUGGACCACUCCGUUAUUCUGAGCAUGAGUUCUUCUGGGCCUGGACCCCAUUUUGAGUUUUCACUUGCUUGAAAAGAAAUCAGUAUGGCUGUGUUCUAAGUAAUAAACAAAAACACUGUUGCUAUCGAUGGAUCGAUUCUCCCAUCUUCAGACCCGGCGGGGCCGUCAGUGGAUUCAGUUCGGCCUUCUCUCCAGCGUUCGGCCCCAAGCGUUCGCAGGUGGAAUCAGCCGUUCCGAAUGACCCAUUCGAAAGGAUUCCCUCAUUUAAAGGCUUCAUUGCUCAUUGCCUAUUUUAAAUGGGUCUCCUUAUUGUUGGAGUCAUGUGUCAGCUUGUCCUCUAGACUGUAAGCUUGUUGCGGUCAGGGAAUGUGUCUACCCACUCUGUUAUACUGUACUCUCCCAAGUGCUUAGUGUGAUGCUCUGCACACAGUAAGCGCUCAAUAAAUACCAAUGAUUGAUUGACAUAUGGGAAGUAAAUAUCAGGAGUAGAGGGUCGGGGGGUUGGAGUGGGGCAGACCUAUACCCGUUUGUGUCUUCCAUCGGGAACAACUUGCAGAACCCAAAGAGGGCUAAGAAGCCGCACCUCGUCCAGUGGAUUGCCUACCCGGCAUCCUCUCUGGCUAUCAGCCUUCCGACUCCGCUCCCAGUGACCGUACGGAGCUGUGGGCCGCUGCAUGGGGAUCCAUCGCCCACCAGUGGGUCGGACAGGUCACUGGGUCUAAGUUGCUCCAUUCAGAAAAGAGGGAGAGCCUCCUCUACUGAAGAGGCUGAGGGCCCAUGGUGGCCAAUGGCCACUGAGAGAACCAGUUUUCCAGGUUUUGAUGACACUGAUGCAGUGUUUGAGUCACUGGACGGUAACAACCUUCCAUCAGCCCCUCCUCCAGUCAGGAGAGCAAAUUAAGCAGUGCCCUGUCCCUGUCGCGUCUAGCAUGGUCCUUGCCUUGUGUGUCGUUUGGGUAUUGCUAUCGUUUCAUUGUUCCUUAUCUGGCACCCAUUUGCUCUCCCCUCAUUAGAAUGCGAACCCUUCGGGCAUCACAUUUCAUGUCUAAUUCUCUCCUGUGUAUAUUUUCCCAUUGCUUAAUACAGAGUUCUGCACACAGUAGGCACUUAAUAAAUACUACUAUUACUGCUAUUAUCACUACUAAAAUCCAGGUUUCCAGAAUAAAUCUCGGGUCCUCAAGAGCAGAUUAAUCGUGACUCCAGCCUUCGGAUACCAAGAGAAGCAAAUCAGGUUCUCGUUAUUAAUUUUCCGUUUAUGACAUCGUGCGUAUUUGUAUCCCAGGACACAAAUAUGUGUUUGCAUUGUAUUUCUUUUUUUAAAAUAAAUGAAAGCGCUUUGAAGGAG